AUGCCUCCUAGAAGAAGUGUGAACAACCGUCGUAACGAGAAUAAAGACAUCCCUAUUGAGACCCUCGUUGCUAACGCUGUCAAUACGGCUAUCGCGGGUUUGGUUCCUAACUUGUUGCAACAACUUCAUCAAAAUAACAACAACGGACCACAAGGGGGUAAUAACAACAACGGACCCCAAGGGGGUAAUAACAACAACGACCCUCAAGGUGGAAAUGCUAACCCUCCUAUUGCCAUUCAUGAUUGGCUUGAUCGCUUCCAAAAGUUAAAGCCAAAAUCGUUUAGUACCGCUGCUACUCCCGUCGAGGCGGAAAACUGGAUUGCUCAUAUGGAGAAAAAUUUUAAAGUGUUGGGUGUGAAUGACGAAUUCAAAGUUAGGCUUGCUAGUUACAAGUUGGAGGAUGAUGCUCAUAGUUGGUGGAAGACUUUGAAGAAUGCUCGUGGAGGAGAUAAUUAUGCAGCCACGCUUGCUUGGGAUGAGUUUCGUGCACUGUUCUAUCAGAAGUAUUUCACUGACGCUGAUCGUAGUGAGUAUCUAAGGGAGUAUGCCUCUAUCAUGCAGGGCAACGAUGAGCCCAUCAUGGAAUUCAAGAACCGUUUCUGUCGUUUGGUUAAUUUUCUGGGCCCGGCUGCAGGAACACCAGAGCAGAAGUUCAUCCUAAAUCUUCGUUUUAAAGACAUUACUGAGAUAGUUGAUGCAGUUAAGAACUUGGAUAAUGAUAAGAAACAUCACCAGAAGGCGUUUGAUGAAAAUCGCAAACGACCACGACAAAAUAUUCAGGGCCAGUCUUCUGCUCAUGCUGGAAACGACCAGUCUUUAGCACCACGAGACGGUAGACAUCGUAUUGACAGGAAUUACAACAAUCAGUCAAGAAAUGGGGGAAAUCGAAAUCAGAAUCAUAGGCCUGCACAGAAUAAUCAGGCCCCCAUUAGAGCCCAGCCUAUGAGUCAGCAGAAUCCUCAACAGAACCCACCUCUGAAUCGUGACCCUCCCUGUGCCACCUGCGGGAAACCACACAAGGGUCCAUGUCAUCGAGCCGAAGGCCUCUGUUUCAGAUGUGGAGGUACUGUUUCCGGUUAUGUGCAUAUUGGUGAACGUGAAUUGUAUGCUCUUUUUGAUACUGGUGCUACACAUUCUGUGGUUUCUCUUUUAUUUGCUAAUAUUUGA